UCCAAACACCGACGUGACGUCAGAGCAGCAAGACGCUGGACGAAAGUCGCGAAAGGCCAGCGCGCGUCUCACAGAGGACUGUCGUUUGAGAUCCUGUCAAUCUCGACUUUUUAACUCAACGUUUGUGUUUUGAACUCGCUUGGUGGUUUUACCAGUACAAGGUUACGCUUCGAAGGCAUUUUACCUCAAAGUGUUUUAUGUAGCUCGCCUUUUGUUAACUCUCUUAGUCUUGAAUUGGCGGCUUGACCCUCGACAUGGAUAUUAGCUAGCUAAGCUAGUCACCAAGAAACCGAAAUAACGGCGUGUCAGCGGGUAUGUGUCACAGUUUUAUCGCUUUUAAACGUCGUUUAUGUGCUUAGGGUCGAACUGUCUGAGGCAAAUUUUCGCCUUGGGUGUUGCCAAAGAAGGACUGAAGUUCGGGAGAAGUAGCUAGUUGUUUCACGGAGGGAAGAAAGAGGUGGGAGAUGUUGACGAACGCGAACAGUCCGCCGAAGUUUCCGAACCAACAGCAGCAGCCCCAACAGCAGCAGCAGAAUCCACCCCAAUUCAUGCAGGGGAAAUCUUCACUUCAGAUCAAGAAAAAUGCCAUAACCGACGACUACAAGGUCACUAGUCAGGUUCUGGGACUGGGCAUCAAUGGCAGGGUCCUGGAGAUCUUUCAUAAGAGAAGUGGGGAUAAGUACGCUUUAAAGAUGCUUCAUGACUGUCCCAAAGCUAGACGAGAAGUUGAGCUACACUGGCGAGCUUCUUCAUGUACCCAUAUCGUCAGAAUUGUUGAUGUCUAUGAGAAUCUCUACCAAAACAGGAAGUGCCUUCUUAUUGUAAUGGAGUGCAUGGAUGGAGGUGAGCUGUUUAGUCGGAUUCAGGACAGAGGGGACCAGGCAUUCACUGAAAGAGAGGCCUCUGACAUCAUGAAGAGUAUAGGAGAGGCCAUUCAGUAUUUACAUGCUAUAAACAUUGCACACAGGGACGUCAAGCCAGAGAACCUGCUAUAUACCUCUAAAAGGCCCAAUGCCCUUCUCAAACUGACAGACUUUGGAUUUGCAAAGGAGACAACAACACACAACUCACUGGCCACACCUUGCUAUACUCCUUAUUACGUCGCCCCAGAGGUUCUUGGUCCAGAAAAGUAUGACAAGUCCUGUGACAUGUGGUCUUUGGGUGUCAUCAUGUAUAUUCUGCUGUGUGGUUACCCCCCUUUCUAUUCCAACCAUGGCCUAGCUAUAUCCCCUGGUAUGAAGAAACGAAUCCGUAUGGGACAGUAUGAGUUUCCAAACCCUGAAUGGUCUGAGGUUUCAGAGGAAGCCAAACAGCUUAUCAGAACGUUACUGAAAACUGAACCGACACAAAGGAUGACCAUCACCGAGUUCAUGAACCAUCCCUGGAUCAAUCAAUCAAUGGAAGUACCACAGACCCCCUUACACACCAGCCGUGUUCUGAAAGAAGAGAAAGACACUUGGGAAGAUGUCAAGGAGGAAAUGACAAGUGCCUUGGCAACAAUGAGAGUCGAUUAUGAGCAAAUCAAAAUCAAGAGGAUUGAAGACUCCUCCAAUCCCUUGCUGAUGAAGAGGAGAAAGAAAGCCAACAACAUGCCUGCCGAAAACGAGACGCCUGCUUGCUAGGGACAUCUUUUUUGUCACACACGUACACGCAUUUCUACACAUACAUUCAGUUCACAGGAAGCAAUAACUCAAGAAAAAAGCGAAGUGACAGAUUUAUUCUUAAAUCUCUUAAGAAUAUGUCUUUUUAAUUACUCACCAUUUGUAACUAACAAAAAAACUUUGCUACCUAAAGAAAUGGGCUGUACAAUGACGACACAUGAAUUCAAAGUUCUGAAAUAGUCGUUGUCCACUAGUUUGCUUUUUAAAGUUGUCACAAGUACUGUUUUAUCACAUGGUGUUUCCUGGGGUAAUCGAAAUGCAUUUAUUUUUAAUCAGAAGCCAUUGGUACAUACAUGCAUACAUUCGUGAGUUACACACUGUCUUUCUUUUUUUGAGUUCACAAAAUAAGUUGUUGUGUGGCCUUCCUUCUGCUUAUGUUCUGAGAAGCCUAUGCAUAAUUCAUAGCUUACAAAAUGUUCCUGUUCUUUUUGGUACAUCUGUCAAAGUCAUUUCUGAAUGCUUUUAUUUUUUUAAUCUAGCUCCAAAAGACUGACAUAGUCAGUACUAGUGUCCAAAAAAUGUAUGUUUGAAAUGACUCUUUGAAUGUAGACAUGCCCUGUUCUCUACUGUGAAAAAGUCUGUCAGUAUCGUUCAGGGACCUGUCAAGUAAAAUACAAGAUCAUUUUGAUGCUUUAGAUUCAAUUUGCCUUAUUCAAAUUGAUUCCAGAGAAACAAAAGCACCUUCAUUGCCCUAUUUUUAGUAUUCGACAAGCCUUUCAUUAUAUCCACCAAACCAAUCCAGCAUAUUGUUUCAUGCUUAACAUUACGCUUAUUGCACACCAUUGGGUGAUCGAUGAUUUGCCUUGUAGCGAUUCUAUGCAUAUUUCUUUCCAGCUUGUUUUU